AUGUUGCUCGCAGUCAUCCGCUCGAUAGGCGCGAAAUGGACCUUGUUGGUCGUAUAUCUGUCCGGGGCAUGGGCACGACUGCUGGGCUUCUCUGGCGCUGGUAUUUCAGGCAGCCACGCCCCUAAACCAGAUGAUGCCCCAACAGUUGGUGCUCAAGACGCCAAUGAGGUAGAACCAGAGGCCACUGGCCCUGUGGCCACAACCUUCCUGCUCGACCAUCGAGGAUUUCCCAAAACUACCCCGGAGCAAGACGAUGAAGUGAUUAAUGCCUUUAUUGAGUCAAUAGACUCGGAAGCCGUUUGCGCCCUAGCGUCGCGGCAUAACCACGAGCAGCCUUGCCGGGUUGUACAUCGGUCAAACGGUAGCUUCAAUGUCUGCUUUUUUGUCGAGUUUGACAACAAUGGCCCCAAGUGGAUUGUACGGGCUCCCAUCAUACCCUCGCUUCAUAAGCCUUGGCAAAAGCUGCUUAGUGAGGUCGCUACUUUACAGUUUCUCCAAGAAAAAACGCGUAUUCCUGUUCCGCAUAUUCUUGCCUAUGGACGCGAUGCUGUGUUAACCAAAACCAGCAGUCAGAAGCAACUGUUUCUUAUCCAAGACUUCGUUCCAGGAGAAGCGCUCAACAAGAAGGACUUGCUUGAGGCGCCCGAGGAGCACCGAAGAGACUUUUACUCGCAGCUUAUUGAUAUUUUGGCCGACUUGAGGUCGCUCGAGUUUCCUUUAAUUGGCUCGUUGAUGCCAAAUCCCGAUGGCAGUCCGGAGCCCAUUGUAGGGCCUGUUCUGUCCAUGACUGCCAACAGGUUUCGCCAACAUCUACCCACAUUUAGCUCGAUGAGGGACUACUUGGCACGCCAGUUCCUCAUUAUAGAGGAACAAUUCCGAUCUCCGGUUCCUGACAUGUCUGUUAGCGAUGUCCAAAAUGAGGUGUUUGUACUCUACCACUUGGAGGAUAUCUUAUACCAAGCAAUCGAUCCUGAUCUGGACCGUGGACCGUUUAUACUGAAUCAUUUGGACUUGCGGUGCCCCAACAUUAUUGUGGAUAAGAACUUGCAUAUUCAGGGUAUUAUUGACUGGGAAUUUUCAAGCACAGUUCCGCGGCAGUUAUUCACGCCACCGUCAUGGAUCACCGCGCACGAUUCGAUCAAGACAAAGAAGGAAAUGCACAUCGAGUUCCGCCAAGUCUUAGACGAGAAGAGCAAUAUAGACAGCCGAUAUGACCAGCUGCGGAGAGAAUGGUAUCAUCACCCUCAGCUAGAUGCAACGGGCAUCGAUCAUCCGGACUUGGCAUUCUGCAUUGCCCAUCUCAUACGCCGCCCUGAUGACACAAUCUAUACAUUCUGCGAUUACUUCGCUCCUAAACUCUAUAACAGGCCUAUAGAGGAUAUAACUUCUGAAUUCUUUAAAGAAAAUAAAGCUUGUGCCCGCGAGGUACAACGUCGGGAGGAGCAGAAUAGGUUAUACACCCAAUACUUAAAGGACAACGACCUGUAUGUGCAAAGUUGGCAAGAAAAAUGGCUGGCAGAGUCCAAUGCUUUCAUGGCAGAACUAGAAGCGAAGGAUUUGAAGAAAAAGUUGGAAGGUGAGAAGGCACAGCAAUACCAAAAUAUCAAGGAAGUCGAGCCAUCAUUGGCCACUUGA